AGAAAAAUUCAAAUGUUUAUUUAGAAAAAAAGAUAUAUCUAUUUACUAGAAUGAAUAAAAAUAAACAGGCAAGAAUGUCUAUUGAAAACGGAUUUUAAUAAAAAAAAAGUAAAAUACUUCUCAAGAACAUGCAAACUAGCAACAACAAUCCAAAAAAGAAUAAAAAAAUCCAAAAAAGUAUUGAAUCUUUUCAAAAAUUUUUAAAAAUCUACUUACCUACCUACAUUAUGUGUGAAUUUAUAAUAAAGGGUGAAAAAAAUAAUACUUAUGGUUUAAAAUUCGUAAUACAUGUCUAAUAUAAAACACUUAUUGAUUUAUUAAAAUUAUAAGUGACUUCUGUGACCCGUAUUGGUAUUGUCAAGGUUUUAACUUACGUCUUUUAUAGUUGGAAUAUUAGUAUUAAACAUUCAAGGGCAAAGAAGGGCUACAUGGUCAACGAUAACUUCGAAGAUUUUUUUAUGUUAUUUCAUUUUGCUCGUUCAUUCUUGGUUCUUUAAGAACAGGGUGUGAAAAUUAGUUUAAAAAAAGAGUACCUACAUCUUUUGUAGAUCUUUAUGGGACAUAAUUUUUUUUUUUGUUAAAACCAUAAACUAUUUGUAAAAGAAAUUGUUUUUAGUUACUUGCAAUUCAUAAGUACUGUGUAUUUGUACAUAUGUAUACAUAUUUAAUAUCUAUCUACAUUCUAUAUAAUGAUAUAAAUAAUAUGUAGGUAAAUAUGUCUACAUUUAUUAUGUAUUGUUAAUAAACCAGACAAAAAAAUUUGGUAACAUCUUUCAUAUAUGUAUUUCUAUUGCAGGGCAGGUACUUAUUUAAAAGUGAGCCAUACUAUUAUAAUGGUCCCAGUAUUAUAAAUUAUAUUCACCUUGAAUUAUGGUUGUGUUUUACUUGCCUAAUAAUUCUUAAGUUUUCUUCUGAUCAAUAUACUAUUUCAUGUUCCCUUUUAGCUUUUCAUUUGGCGAUUUUAGAAUUUAGUGUUAACCAUUUAUUCUUUUCUCUCGAAUGAAUUUAAUUUUUUUUUGGGGGAAUUAAUGCAAGUAUAUGUAUGUUCCUAUGUUGGUAUUUAUGUAUUAAUAUAAAUAUAACCAUGACACAAUAUUGGUAGAUAGGCACAUUUUAAAUAAGUAGAAAUAAACUGCAGCAGUCUCAUUCAAGAAUUAAAUAAGAAAGGUAUUGGUUUGGUGUGUGAAUAAGAUUUGUACUUUCUUUUAAUGCAUAUUGUAAAAGGAAACGUUUAAAUAAAAUGAAAACUUUAAAGUGCAAAGCCAUUAGAAACGAAAAAGGACUAUAUUUUUUUUAUUGAAUUUAGAAUACUGAGGUAGAUAUUUUAUAUUUACUAGGUACUUAAUAUAAAAAAUAAAGUUCAAACAUUACCGUGUCUUUAAAUAAUAAAAAAAAUUUUAAAGUGUUAAAAAAAUUUAAAUGGAAUACAUAAAUUUAGUAAUAGUUGUAAAAGCUCGCAUGAAAUCGUAAAAGGAUAAAAAGGAAAAUAUAAUAAUUAUUUUCAAAUAUUUAAUAUGGGAGGUUCCGUAAGUCAAGUAUUUCGUUCUGGAAGUGCUUUACUAUCAAAUCGUGAUGGUCAUAAAGUGUCGAAACCAACUGAAGAAAAAAUUCAAACAAUAUUUGAAAUACUACGAGCAAAUCCAAAGAUAUCUAUUCAUACAUUAGAAGCUUUACUACAUCAAAUUCCUAAGAGUGAAAAUAUAUUAUUAAUACAUGAUGAAUCUGGUUAUAAUAUAUUACAAAAAAGUGUUGGUUUAAAUCACAUCGAUUUAACAAAAUGGUUACUACAUCGUCAUAGACCUGAUGUUAAUAGAAGUCCUUGCUCUCUUCCAUUACAUAUAGCUUGUUUAAAAGGAUAUGAAGAAUGUGUCGAACUUUUAUUAAAACAUGGUGCUCGAAUUGAUACUGAAGCUCGAAUGUGCUAUCCAGGACCUCAUUGUCAUAGUUGUGAAGAGAGUGGAAAAUAUCGUGGAAAUCAAGAGGACGUUGCAGGUGUUGCAGCCACAUCGUCAUGUAACGAAAGAAAUUAUACAAAAUUGCAAAAUGCUGUUUGUUAUGCAAUAGAUGGUGAUCAAAUAAAUGUUUUAAAUAUUUUAUCACAAAAAAUGGAAGAUCCUUGGUGUUUUUAUCAGAUGCCGUUCAGAGUGAAAAAACCGUUAUUACAUUUGGCAUGUGAGAGAGGUGCUUGGAAAUGUGUCCAACAAUUGGUUAUCACAAGAUCUGAAGAAAUUAAUUUGAUUAAAGAUGAAUAUUAUCCAAUACAUCAAGCUGUUUUGCAUGAUAGUAGAUUUUUACAAUUAUUAAUUGAUCAUGGUGCUGUGACUACAGUUAGAACAUGUACACAACAAAUGACCUUAUUACAUGUUGUUAUAUUUGCUGCUAGAAAAUCUGCAGAAGAUACUCUGCAAACAUUAAGGCUGUUAUUACAAAGUGGCUGUAAUGAAUUAAUUAAUGAACCAGAUUCAUUAGGAAAUACUCCGUUGCACGCUUUAAUAGUUCGUUAUGCGUUAGAAGAAGCUAGAUAUGGUUAUGAUAAAUGGAGUAAGUGGGACGUUUUACAUUUGGUAAGAUUUAUGCUACAAAAUGGUGCAAAAGUAUCAAUAAAUCAAUCUGGAAAUAGUGCUUUAGCUUGUGUUUUUCGACAUGUUCGUGACUGGGAAGUUUGUUUUGAGUUAUUGAAUAUGUUAAUCAAAGAAGAUGGUGAUCCUAAUAUUGUUGGUCGUGACGGUUCAGUUCCGAUAAUGGUUUGCUUAGUUCCGCUUAUAAAUAAAGAUCAAUUACACCACUUUACUCAUUCUAUGAAGGUCUGCUAUUUGAAUUGCAUACGAAUUUUGUUACAAUAUGGAGCAAAUCCAAAUUGUUCAUAUCGUUCAAACUUAACGCCGUUGCAUGUUUUAGUGUUUACAGUUAGUGAAAAUUUCACGCUUAAUUGUGAUGUUCAGAAACGCAUUAAUUUUGAAUUUAUCAAAAAUAUUUUAUUACUUUUACUACAACAUGGCUUAGAUUGUAAUUUAACAUAUCAACAUAUAUUGCAAGCAGUAGUGGAAAUGGUACAAAAUGUUCGUACAAGUCCACCAGAUAUGAUGUGCAUCUAUGAAUUGAUUAAACUUUUAAUACAAUAUGGUGCUGAUCCCAAUAUUUUGCUCAGUUGCAAGCCGACCCCUGGAAGUCAAAUGUUUUCAAAUGAAAUUGCAAAUUUUGGUGAAAAUAUGUGCCAUAUUAUUGAAGAAUCAUCACAAGAUUUAGAGUGUCCUACAUCAUCAUCAGCAUCUUCAUCAAAUAAUAAUAACGGUUUAAAUGGUGGAAGUAGUGGAAAUAACAGUUUGAAUCCUAAUAAUAGUAACAACAGUAGUGGCAAUGGUAUUCGUUCUAUUCAUGGUGAUCACUUUCGAAAUUCGUUUCGUACGAACUCUAGAUAUAUAUUAUUUUAUUAUAUUAUUUUAAUAAGCAAAAAAGAAUUUAUAUUAAACGAUUCUGAACUGACCUAUACACGUAUUAUUAAUUUAUUUUAUUUAACAAUGCAACAUGAACCACUAUUUAAUUGUUUAAAAUCAUUACACAAUUUUUAUGUAGCUCAAGUACCAAAUAAAAAAACCGAACCAUUAAUUCAAUUAAUUUCAUCAAUGUAUCGUAAACCUAGAAGUUUAAAGCAAAUGUGUCGCAUUGCAAUAUAUGAAAGUGUCAAUCGCAAAUUAGCUCAAAAUAUAAAUGGAUUAAAUUUACCUGGCCCUUUAAAAGAAUAUGUAUUAAAUUUUGAUUCAUAAUUUUUACAUAUUAUAAGGUUUAUUUAUGUUCAAUUGUUAAAUCUUUGUUGAAAAAAAGUUAGAAUAAAAUUUUGUAUUUUGUUAAAUUUUAAUUUUAAAAAAUUAAAGAGAGGUAAAAAUCAAAAAUAUAAAAUCUACAUUAUGUAAAAAUAUGUUAUUUUUUUUAUCAUACAUGGUGUAAAAUUUUUAUUUUUAGUUUUUAAAAAAGUAUUGAUUGUAAUCGUUAAAAUUACUUUUUAAGAAAUAGAUUUUAAUUUUUUUGUAAAAACAUCAAUUUAAAAGUAUACAAUAUUGUCAAUAUUUGUGUUAUAUAUUUUAAAUAUUAUAUUUUUAAAGCUUUAAUAUUGCUAAGUUGAAUGUAAUUUUUAUUUCGAAGUUUUAAUAUCGUUUGAAAAUUUUGUAGUCUCUUAUUAAAACGCGGUUAAUAAAACAUAACUAUUUCAAAAAAGUUGUAAUAUUUCAACUUUAAUAUUUCUAUACUAAUUUUAUUAUAUAUAAAUUUUACAAAUCGCUUCCCGAAGUAUUGUUUUUGUUUUCUUUAAUUUAAACAAUGUUUUACAAGUAAUUCAGUUAAUAUUCUUAAAUUAUUUAAAAUUUUAAUUUUUUAGCGUCAAAAGUAAAAAAAGAUUUUAUGUAUUUAAGACUUUUCAAAGGAACUCAAUUUUUGUUUUAUUAAACAAGUUGUUUCCUUGUGUUAUUGAACAAUCAGUUUCCUUGAUAUCUACGUUAUUUGUUAUGAAUCCAUGAUAUGUAUUUAAUUACAAAUAAACUGAAUAAUAACAAUUUUUGCUCAACAAACUUUACUUUUACAAUUAAAACUAACACAAAAGUUUUUGGUUCGUGUAGAUGACAAAACAUGUAAAUUAAGUAAUCAAUUUUUUACUUUAUUUUGAUAUGUCAUACUUAAAAGUAGUAAUGUAAAAAAUACAAAAAUUCUAUUUUCGUAAAAAAUAUUUAAGUGGUGAACUGCAUAAAACAAAAAACUAAAGUGAAAAAUUCGAAUUAAUAAUUAAAAAGAGAGAUGUAAAUUUCUUUAUUUAACUGUUUAAUUUUAAAAUUAUUUUGAUGUUUAUAAAAUAAAAUAAAAAGAAUGAAAGUUUCUCAGAUAAAAGAUUAUACAAAAAUUGUUAAAGUAACAAUUAUUAAAUAUAUGUACAUAUACAAAAUACAUAAAAACUAUAUUAAAUUAUACUUGUGAAUAAAUGUACGUUAAAGAUUCAUUUUUUUUGAAUAAUUUAUAGUCUAUUUUUAUGAAAUAAAUGUUAAAAAAGUAGAAAAA